GGGGCAGCGUUGGCGAGCAACUGAUAACCUUGCCUUUAUCGUGACAGGGAAAUGCUAUCACUGGGCUUGACCCCCCCCAAAAAAAGAGCCCUUUUUGGGGGGGCACACCCCAAAACUCCUCACUUUUAGCCCGUUUUCCCCAUGACCUUGCCCCCCCUUGGCAGCGUGGAGGUGCUGCGGGCUUUAGGAACAGACAAAAGGCAGGGGAAGAGCAGCACCAAGCGGGGCUCUCCUGCCAUGGGCUCGGGCCCCAUCGACCCCAAGGAGCUCCUCAAGGGCUUGGAUUGCUUCCUGGGCCGCGAUGGCGAGGUCAAGAGCAUGGAGGGCAUCACCAAGAUCUUCAACCUGAUGAAGGACUCCCAGAAGCUGGUGAGCCGCUGCAUCUACCUGAACAUCCUGCUGCAGACCCGUGCCCAGGACAUCCUGGCCAAGUUCAUCCGCAUUGGGGGGUACAAACUGCUCAAUACCUGGCUCACCGGCUCCAAAGCCUCCAACAACGUCCCCUUCCUGCAGCAGAUCCUGCUCACCCUGCAGCAUCUGCCUCUCACUGUGGACCACCUCAAACAGAACAACACAGCCAAGCUGGUGAAGCAGCUCAGCAAGUCCAGCGAUGAUGAAGAGCUCCGCCGCCUCGCCUCCAUCCUGGUCAGUGACUGGAUGGCUGUCAUCCGCUCCCAGAGCAGUGCCCAGCCCAGUGAACGGGACAAAAAGAAGCGGAAAGAGGAAAGCAAAAGCAAAACCCCCGCCCAGGAGAAGCCCCAGGAGGCCAAAGCUGAGGCCAAGAGCGAGGAGGUGAUGGAGAAGAAGAGGGAGAAACCCAAGUCCCUGCGGACCACAGCGCCCAGCCACGCCAAGUUCCGCUCCACGGGGCUGGAGAUGGAGGUGCCUUCGUUAGUGCCCUUGAAGAAAGUGAACUCUGCUUCCAGCACUGAUAAAUACAGCCUGAAACCAAUGCCCAUCAAGAGGCAAAACCUCUCCUCGGCCUCCGGCGAUGCUCCCCCCGCAGAGAAGAAAUACAAACCCCUGAACACGGCCCCCAACGCCACCAAGGAGAUCAAAGUCAAGAUCAUCCCCCCCCAGCCCAUGGAGGGCCUGGGCUUCCUGGAUGCCCUCAACUCUGCCCCCAUCCCCGGCAUCAAGAUCAAGAAGAAGAAGAAGGUUUUGUCCCCCACCGCGGCCAAGCCCAGCCCCUUCGAGGGGAAGGCAGCUCCCGAAGCCACCUCCACCAAGCCCUCAUCCCCGGAGCCCACCGCGGCCUCGGAGCCCAUGGACCCGGACCGGCCCGGGACACCGGUGCCCGCUGUGGAAGUACCGGAGCCCAUGGAGACCUGCCCCUCGGAGGCAGGCGGCGAUUCCAAAGGCCUGGAAAACCCUCUGGAAAGCGGGCAGCUCACCAGGAAGGGCCGCAAGAAGAAGACGGUGAGCUGGCCAGAGGAGGGCAGGCUCCGGGAGUACUUCUACUUCGAGCUGGAUGAGACAGAGCGAGUGAACGUGAACAAGAUCAAGGACUUUGGGGAAGCGGCCAAGCGGGAGAUGCUCAAGGACCGGCAGGCCUUCGAGACGGCGCGGCGCCUGAGCCACGAUGCCAUGGAGGAGAAGGUGCCAUGGAUGUACCCCAAGCUCCUGGAGCUCCCGGCUCCCCUCGUGGUGCCGGGCAGUGGGAGCCGGGAGCGCUUCACCCAGGCCGAGAGGGAGAAGGGGAUCCUGCAGGAGCUCUUCCUGUCCAAGGAGAGCGUUCCCGACAGCCCACACGAGCCCGAUCCCGAAUCCUACGAGCCGCUUCCUCCCAAGCUGAUCCCAUUGGAUGAGGACUGCUCCAGUGAGGAAGGGCCUUAUCCCGAUGGAUUGGAUCCGGGAGCGGCCUCCCCAUCACCUGAGGCCGGUGCCAAGCUCCCACCCGUCCUGGCCAACCUCAUGGGAAGCGUUGGAGCCGGGAAGAGCCCCCAGGGCCCGGCCCCGGGUGCAGGCAUCAACAUGCAGGAGAUCCUGAGCUCCAUCAUGGGUGGUCCCAGCACCCACAAGGCUGAGGAGCUCCUCAAGCAACCGGAUUACUCGGAUAAGAUCAAGCAUCUCCUGGGGAACCUGCAGGCACCGGGGCCCGGCGGAGUGCCCCACGGUUUGCUGGGCCCCGGCCCCAUGGCCAACGGCUUCCCACCGGGCCCCAAGGCCAUGCAGCACUUCCCCCCGGGGGGGCCCAUGCCUGGGCCCCACGGCGGCGGAGGGGGGGGCCCGGGGCUGCCCCCAGGCCCUGGGGGGGGGAUGCCCGGGGGGGGCCCCCGGCUGCUGGGGCCGCCCCCUCCCCCACCCCCUCCUCAACGCGGCGGCGACUUCUGGGACCCCCCCGAAGCGGGGGGAGGGGGAGGGGGAGGGGCGAUGCGCGGGGGGGGCGGCGGCCCCCACGGUGGGGGAGGGGGCAUGCGCGGAGGGGGGGGGCCCUUCCACAGACCCCGAGGGCGCAGCGGGGCCGAGCCCCCCCCGCCCCCCCCGUACCGGUGCCGAGGAGGGGGUGGGGGUGGGGGGGGCCGCAACGGGGGGCCCCCCCCGAGUGGGGGAGGGGGCGGCGCAAGGGGGGGCCCCCCCGGUGAUCACGGCAGAGCCCACCCCGGAGAGCACCCCCGCGGCCACGCAGGAGGUAAAUGUGGGGGGGGCGGCGGGGGGGGGGCUUGGUUAUGGGGGGGGCCCGGCCCCGGCCCUGGUUGGGAGGGGCCUGUGGGUGCCCCCUCCCCCCCACCCCCCCCGCCCCCCCCUUUUCUGCCCCGGUGGCGGGGGGGGGAGCCCCCCCCUCCCCAUCACCCCCUGGAGCCCCCCGGGCCGUGGGGCAGGGGCCCCGAUUGGCGCCGGCCCCCAAUGGGGCUCUAGGGCAGGGAGA